CGACUAACAGCGGCUGCGAACGAACGCGCCCGCCCGUUACGCGAGUUCCCGCGCUCGGCAACUUUUCAAAAAAAAUAAAAUAUUUUCAAAUUGUAAAAAUGUUCCAAAGCGACGUGACUUAAAAUCGAUAGAAACUUUUUGGAUAUUUGUUUUUAAUUUUCUGGAGUUUUUGCAUUUUUUUUUCUGACGUGUGAAGUUUUAAAACUAUUAUUUGUUUGUUUAUUAAUGAGUUUGUACUGACAAUGUUCGUUUGAAGCUGUGUAUCAACAAUUUUGGAGUCAAGGCGGCAAACUGAGGAGCAUAUUUUGUCUGCAAAAAUCCCGCCACAUGAAGCCACAUCCUGCAAAUUGUUGAUGCAACCCUGUUAUGAAAAGGAUUAUGGCACCAGACAUCAUGCUUGAAGACUUUGAACAGCGGCCGACGCCGCGCACCUCCUACUUCACCGCCGCGUUCCCACCUGAUGAUGACCACGGCCCCAUCAAAAACGCUACUAACGCCACCGGCGAACUUAAUAUUUAUUAUUUUUAUGAUUCGAUCCAGUUCACGGUAAUGUGGGUGCUGUUCGUCGCGAUAGUGGUGCUCAACGCGUCGGUAAUCGCCGCCCUGCUCUGCACCAACGCCAGGAAAAGCCGCAUGAACUUCUUUAUCAUGCAGCUUGCUAUCGCUGAUCUCUUCGUCGGCCUAAUCUACGUGUUCCCGGAUAUAAUUCAGAAGAUUACCAUAGCAUGGCUAGCUGGAGAGUUCAUGUGCAAAACCGUGAAAUUCUUACAGGCUGUGGUGAUGUACGCCUCGACGUAUGUGCUGGUAGCGUUAAGUAUAGACCGGUGCGAUGCCAUCACUAACCCUAUGAAUUUCUCAGGCAGUUGGAAUCGAGCGCGAGCCCUCAUAGUGUCAGCGUGGUUGAUCAGCAUAGUCUUCUCCAUCCCACUCCUUAUAUUAUACGAAGUUAAGGAAGUUCAAGGACAAAUGCAAUGCUGGAUAGAUCUGGGAACUCCCAGAAGGUGGCAGAUCUGGAUGUCCCUGAUCUCCAUCAUGAUUUUCGUCCUACCCGCGUUGACGAUAGCAGCCUGCUACGCUGUGAUAGUCCUCACUAUAUGGACGAAGAGUAAAGCUGUCGUCAUGAGCCCGCCUAUUAAUUCUAGGAGAACUAAGACUUUGAGGAAUGGUCAGAUCGAGAGCGACCCGGAUUCAAGGCGCGCCAGUUCUAGAGGACUAAUUCCUAGAGCAAAGAUCAAAAGUGUCAAAAUGACAUUUGUUAUUGUUUUCGUGUUCGUGCUAUGUUGGUCUCCAUACAUCGUAUUCGAUCUCCUACAAGUAUAUCAGCACAUACCACCGACGCAGACCAACUUGGCAAUAGCUACCCUCAUCCAGAGCCUCGCACCUUUAAACUCAGCAGCAAACCCCUUGAUAUGCUGCAUGUUCUCUCCUCAUAUUUACACUAGCCUCAGACGGGUUCCGCCUUACAAGUGGUUGUGGUGCGGCCGACGACGUAAGCGACAUGCGAGAGGGACCGUCCGCUCAAGAUCCGACUCAACAGCCAACUCUGAUCUGCUUAGUUCCACCCACGCGAGGAGGUCACAUUCUGUUGCAACUAUUCUAAACCGCGGCCGCAGCAGCAGUAUGUCCCGUCCACCAGUGGACGCACGUCGCACACAACUGCUAGUCCUGGUUACAACACGCGACUGACAGCGCGCCGUGCUGGACGUGCCGGCGCGGGACGUCAUGCUCUAGCGGCCCCGAGGCGUGUGUUAUACACGCCAGCCGCGAAUACAAUGCGGAUAGAUAAGUUGGUGAAGAUUGUAUGAAGUGUUCUCUUCCUAUUUUAGUGUGUGUAAAGAUCUAACGAAAGAAGCUAGGUACGUAAUAUUGGGUACAGAACGCAAGUAAAAAUAUGAAAGUGUAGAAGAAGCAUUAGAGAAUAUCCAGCUAAAACAUUUUCAACAUUUACAAUUUCAAAAUUGUGUAGUUGACACAAAAAAGCACCAUGUCACCAUCAAUACUUUCUAAUCACUACCCAGAGAUAGAAUGGCAGAGAACGCCAUUGUACAUUAUAUUGUGAAAGCAGAAUAUAAUAAAUAAAUAAAUGAAGGAAGAGGAACAUUUCAAUCAGAUAUGAUCUUCUGUAUUUCAAUGGCUGUUAGAGCAUUUCAAAGAAUAUGGACUAGUGUAGUUGCAUACGAGUGAAAAGACUAGAAGAAGUGUUGUGCUUAAUUCUAGAGGUAAUUUUGAAAAGAUUCCAUCUUGGUGAUAAGAAGAAAGAGAAUGUAUAAUGAGGCUAAUUUGUGCCAUUGCUUAUAGGAACUAAGCAUUGAUCUUUCAAGAGUUUUAUGAACACAUUUUUUUGACCAUACCUU